AUGGCGCUAGAUCGUAUCAACCGGGCAAUCGCUACACUCUGCUCAAACCACGAGCUGACGCUGCCAGAAGGCACCACCAUUCGCGUGUGCGAGGCGACAGAGGACGAAUGGAACGCGUUUAUCGAAAGUGAGGACCACGAGCUCAAGUCAAUUCACUUGGCGUGGAGUGACGGUCAGGUCUUCAUCGUGGAGUUGCCGUCGCCAGAGCGCGGCCUGUUCUGCUCGGUGUUCAAUCGGAGCUUCCUGCACGACGACAUCGUCGACGACCACCUGAAUAGCUACAUGACUGCGUUUGUGCGCACCACUCAACCUAGACUCGAGGCGGACUUGAGCUAUGGACCGCUCGCUGGCCCCCUGCCUGGAGAACUACAGAGUUAUUGGCAAUGGCACACGCUCAAGGCCAAGCGGUGGUCGACGUUUGUGGGCGUUCGCUACGUCCUUUGUGUGGCGAUCUGGCCCACGUUGACGCGCGCUGAGUACAAGCUGUACACGGUGCAAGAUUUGGGUGUGACAUUCUCCGACCAAGAUUCGAUUGUUGUCGCCGCUCCUGCUACUUUGGUGGCUUUCGAGUCGCGUGCUUUGCUGGGAUUGCAACAAGGAGGGGAACUGCCUCGUGGUUUUCCGGAUCGAGUGACUGUCGAUCUCUAUCAGGUGUUGCGCAGAGCUCGACGCGGGUGGCUUUGA